AUGAACGAAGCGCUUGCGGCCAAGGCUCCACGAAUCCUUAUCGGGGUCGACAACAUUUUCGUUGGACAGGCGCUGAGAACCGUGGAACGAGAGCCGAACGAACCAGCCGCUUCAAAAACUCGUCUCGGUUGGGUGUUGUAUGGGCCAUACAAACAGUCCGGUUCUAAAGAGGUAAAGAUGGCAUCGGUAAAUGCCCACAUCUGUCCGUGUAACAAAGAAAGAGAUGAUAGAAUAAACAUGGCAUUGAAAGACUACUUCACGCUAGAGUCACUUGGAAUAUACCGACCGACUACAAGUUUACGUUCGCGGGAUGAGGAACGCGCGCUGAUGUUGCUUGGAACCAGCGUUCACUUAAAGGAUAAUCGCUAUGAGGCUGGUCUGCUGUGGAAGUACGAGGAUGUUAAGUUGCCUGAUAGCCGAGCAAUGGCCCUAAAGCGACACGAGUGUCUCGAAAGAAAAUUGCGAAGAGAUCCCGACCUGGCUAAAGCAAUGCACAACAAGAUCGUGGAGUACGAGCAGAAAGGGUACGUCAGAAAGCUCACUCCCGAGGAGCAGGUUACUCGAACGCCAAACGACUGGUACCUGCCGAUCUUCCCGGUGACCAAUCCGAAUAAGCCUGGGAAGAUUCGAGUAGUGUUCGAUGCGGCGGCAAAGGCGAACGGAGUAAGCCUAAACUCCAUGCUACUCACCGGCCCGGACCAAUUGGUGAGUCUACUCAUGGUCCUAUUUAAGUUCAGAGAGUACAAGGUGGCAGUGACGGGAGAUAUCCGCGAAAUGUUCUUCCAGGUAGACAUGAACCCUCGCGACCAGCGCAGCCAAAUGUUCUUAUGGAACGACGGGAAACUCGGUAGCGACCCACAGCAUUACGUACUACAAGUGAUGACAUUCGGUGCCGCGUGUUCACCCAGCACCGCGCACUACGUCAAGAACGUAAAUGCGGAAAGGUUCGAGGCUACACUACCCAAAGCUGUGGAGUGUAUAAAGUACGAGCAUUACGUGGACGACAUGCUCGCGAGCGUAGAAACAGAGCAAGAAGCCAUAAAUCUAACCCGUGACGUCCAGUACAUACACUCCCAAGGCGGGUUUGAGAUACGGAAUUGGCUGUCCAAUUCCACCACGGUGAAAAUGUUAUUGAAUGGCAACGAGAACAACGGAGUGGACAUUCCUGUCGAGAGCGAAAUGACGACGGAAAAGGUCCUUGGAAUGUGGUGGAACACAGCGGCGGACGUGUUCACGUUUAAAAUAUCCCCGAGGUACGAUCCACGAGUGCUGCUUGGUGAGCGAGCGCCUACGAAGAGGAUCGUACUAAAAACGCUUAUGGCAAUUUAUGAUCCCUUGGGGCUAAUAGGAAACUUCCUCAUGUAUCUGAAGAUACUUCUACAGGAGUUUUGGCGCGCUAAGAGCCCAUGGGAUGACGAGGUUAUCGGACACCUCGCCGUUAAGUGGCAAAUCUGGGUAACCGCGUUGCCCAAUGUUCAAAGAGUCAGCGUCCCAAGGUGUUAUCGGAGUAAGACGACGGCCAACGCAGAAAGAGUAGAGCUCCACAUGUUCUGCGACGCCAGUGAAAAUGGGGCAUCAGCCGUCGCCUACCUACGAUUCGAGGAAAACGGUGUGAUCGAGUGCGCCCUAGUAGGCUCAAAGACGAAGGUGGCCCCUAUUACGUUCGUUUCCAUCCCACGACUGGAACUUCAGGCCGCAGUCAUAGGUGCCCGCUUAGCAGAGACGAUACAGUUAUCCCACCGAAUUGCUAUAACUCACCGAUUCCUCUGGACGGAUUCGCGCACCGUUAUGAGUUGGUUGCUAUCCGACCAUCGCCGAUACAGCCAGUUCGUGGCAGUUAGGAUCAGUGAGCUACUAGAUACUACAAACCCGGAAGAGUGGAACUGGCUAUCUACACGGCUCAACGUAGCGGAUGAAGGAACAAAAUGGCAAAAGCCACCAGACCUCAGCCCCUCGAGUAGGUGGUUCCGUGGGCCUGAUUUCCUAUGGGAACCAAAGGAUCAGUGGCCCAUAGUCGAACAAAAACCCGGAGAGACAAGCGAGGAGAUUCGACAUAGCCUGCUACAUCACACGGUCACGACGCCAAAUAUCGAGUUCACCAGAUUCUCAAAGUGGCAACGGCUACUAAGGGCGGUAGCUUAUGUAUACCGCUUUUUGGGAAAUUGCAGGAAGGGCAUAGCCAAAGAGCAUAAGCAACUUGAUAGCCUGACGCAUGAAGAGCUGGAGCGUGCAGAAAACGCAAUUUAUCGAGAUGUACAAAGAUCUGAGUAUGCCGACGAGAUACAUGUACUCAGCAGUAAAGAAUGUGUGAAGCAUCCUUGGAAGCGACCACUGCAGAAAUCGAGCCCGCUGUAUAAGCUAAGCCCGAUGCUGGAUGUGAAUGGAGUGCUACGCAUCAAAGGCAGGAUCGAGAAAUGUGUAUGGGUCGGCGAGGAUACCAAGCGCCCCAUAAUUCUCCCCCGACGGCACUACGUCACUGAACUGCUGAUUAACAGUUACCACAGCAAGUACAAGCACGCCAAUCACCAAACAGUCAUCAAUGAGGUCCGCCUUAAGUAUCACAUCCCGCAGCUCAAGGCCACGUACAACCAG